AUGGCCCAGCAACAGGACAUUGGCACACUCAAGCCGGCAAGGACCGGUAGAGACAAACAGAGGUACGGACCCAAUGGCGAGCGCCUCGUAGCCGGCGUGGUACCACUUUCAGCAGACCGCCACCAAGUCCUCAUGAUCCAAAGCUCUGGCCGAAAAGGCUGGGUCCUGCCGAAAGGAGGGUGGGAGACCGACGAAGGAACACAACAAGAAGCCGCAUGUCGUGAAGCCUGGGAGGAGGCCGGCAUCAUAUGCAAAGUGGAGAAGGACCUGGGCACCAUCAGUGAGAAGCGGACCGAGUCUCAAAUCAAAAAGUACGGCGUAACAGCACCACGGGCCAGCUACCAAUUUUACGAGGUGAAAGUAAUCGAGACGAGGGAGAAUUGGCCAGAGCGACAUAAGAGAGAGCGGAAAUGGAUGAGCUAUCGCACCGCGAGACAGUUGCUAGAGGGCCGUCCUGAGCUUCUCGAAGCGCUCGAGAGGAGCAAUAUCAGGCGGUAG